CACAGGAAGAUCACACCAUCCCCCACCAUCAUCAGGGCAAAGAUCCAAUUGAUAUCAAAACUGAGAUAAAAGAGGAAGAAGAAGAGACGUAUGUGAUGGGAGAUCACCAGCCUACGGAGAAGGUGGAGAUGAAUAUGGAAAAUGAACUUGAGCAAUCUUCCCUAGAUAUCGGUGCAGACGGACGUUAUAUCAAUGAUACCUCAGAAAGAUGUCUUCUAUUAUCUCAAGAUUAUGUGGAAGAAAAAGGCAUCACGCAAUAUUCUCCCAUCACGGAAAUUAUACAUCACAGACCUUCCCCUUUGGAGCGAUCAAUGGAUUGCUCCACCCCCGAGGAGUCCUCUCAUAAAUCACAUCCUGUUCCUUCAGAAAUCCAUCUGAGAUCUCCCAGUGCUGACAGAUCAACAGAUCUAUCUAUUCCCCAGGAAUCUUCUUUAGGUCUUGAAGGAGCUCACACAGAGGAGCGUUCACUUUCAUGUUCAGUGUGUGGGAAAAGUUUCACUGAAAACAGAGACCUCCUUAUACACCAGAGAAGUCACACAGAAGAGCGCCCUUUCUCGUGUUCAGAGUGCGGGAAAUGUUUCAGUAAGAAAAAAGUACUUGUUAUGCACCAGAGAAUUCACACGGGUGAGCGACCUUUUUCAUGUUCAGAGUGCGGGAAAGCUUUCGCUCGGAAAGAAAAACUUCUCAAACAUCAGAGGAUUCACACAGGUGAACGUCCUUUUGAAUGCUCAGAGUGUGGGAAAUGUUACACUCAGAAAGUAGACCUUCUUAGACACCUGAGAAUUCACACGGGUGAGCGUCCUUAUUUAUGUACAGAUUGUGGAAAAAGUUUCACUCAGAAGGGAAGUCUACAUACACACCAGAAAAUUCACACGGGUGAGCGCCCUUAUUCGUGUUCAGAGUGUGGGAAAUCUUGCGCUCAGAAAGCAGAUCUUCUCAGACACCAGAAGAUUCACACGGGCGAGCGUCCUUUUUCCUGUUCAGAGUGCGGAAAAAGUUUUAUUUUUAAGAGACAGCUUCUUCAUCACCAGAGAACUCAUACAGGUGAACGCCCCUUUUCCUGUUCAGAGUGUGGAAAAUGUUUUUCUCAUGGAGAAGACCUUCGUAGACACCAGAGAAUUCACACGGGUGACCGUCCUUAUUCAUGCUCGGAGUGCGGAAAAGGUUUUAUUCAGAAAGGAAAUCUUCUUAGGCACCAGAGAAUUCACACGGGUGAGCGUCCUUAUCAAUGUUCUGAGUGUGAGAAAAGUUUCAGUGAGAAAGGAAACCUUCUUAUACACCAGAGAAUUCAUGUUGGUGAGCGUCCUUUCUCAUGCUUAGAGUGUGGGAAAUGUUUCACUAUGAAACAACAGUUUCUUAAACACCAGAGAAUUCACACAGGUGAGCGACCUUUCCCGUGUUCAGAGUGCGGGAAAUGCUACACUCAGAAAGUAGACCUUCUUAGACACCUGAGAAUUCACACGGGGGAGCGUCCUUUUUUAUGUUCAGAUUGUGGGAAGAGUUUCACUCAAAAAGGAAGUCUUCUUACUCACCAGAAAAUUCACACGGGCGAGCGUCCUUUUUCAUGUUCAGAGUGCGGGCAGUGUUUCACCAUGAAGCAACACUUUCUUAAACACCAGAGAACUCACACAGGUGAGCGACCUUUCUCCUGUCCAGAGUGCGGGAAAUGUUUCAGCGAGAAAGAAAACCUUAUUAUACACCAGAGAAUUCACACAGGCGAGCGUCCUUUCUCAUGUCAAGAGUGUGGGAAAUGUUUCACUAUGAAGCAAAACUUUCUUAGACACCAGAGGAUUCAUACGGGUGAGCGUCCUUUUUUGUGUACAGAUUGUGGAAAAAGUUUCACUCAAAAAGGAAGUCUACUUACACACCAGAAAAUUCACAUGAGCGAACGCUCUUAGUCAUGUGCAGAGUGCGGGCAAUGUUGCAAUCGGAAAACAGACCUACAGCAGACCUGUUGAGCUGGUUUUUUUUUUGUUUUUUUUACUGUCUAGAGUGCGAAAAAUGUUUUGGUCUGACCUUAAAAAACACCAGGUAAUUCACAAGGAGAAUGUUCUUCGUCAUAUUCAGAGUGUGGGAAAUGUUUCACUAACGUAAGAUAACGUAAAGUAAGACCUUAACCUGUGAAGAGCCACACACUUAAAGAAGAAAAAAAAUCACUGAGGAAGCAAAAUCUAUU